CAACGACUGAACACGUCCAAAAUGGCAGAACUAGAAGACGUGACGCUGGACGGGAGGCCGCUGGACAGCCUUCGUGUAACUGAUUUAAGAACGGCACUUGAAGAACGGGGACUAGCUAAGAGCGGCCAGAAGAGCACACUCCUGAAGCGUUUAAAAGGGGCACUGAUGCUGGAAAACCUCCAGAAACAUUCGACUCCUCAUACCGGGUACCAGCCAAAUUCUCAGAUGGGGGAGGAAAUGGGACAAAACAGCUUUAUAAAGCAGUACCUAGAAAAGCAGCAGGAACUGCUACGACAGCGGCUGCAGAAAGAAGCACGAGAGGCACAAGAAAUCGAAGAACCUUUAGCGAAUCCGAGAAGAAAAUACAAUCCUGACAUUGUGCCAGAGCCUCCUGAUAUUAUCUGUUCUGAUGAGGUGCCAUUUUAUAAUUUUUUCUUUUUUUUUUUUUUUCUCUCUUUAUCAUUAAAGAAAAAAAGCCUUUCUGUCUUGGAAGACCCAGAUGAUUCUGAGGAAGAGAUUCCCAAAAAAAGGGAGAGGAGGUCACCCCGAGUAAAACAGAAUAUACCUUAAUUUGCAGCUAAAACUUCAAAACCUCCAGUUUUAACACCACCAACACAGGACCAAGAGCCACGUAGAUCAUCCAUCCGUGGCCGACGGUCUAAAGGAGACUUUGCCAAGGAAGAAGCAGAAGAUGUGGGUGAGGAAGAGGAGGAAACAAUGGAAGAAAGGGAGCUACCCAUUGAGAAAGAUGAAGAAGAAACCCCUAAAAGAAGACGAUCGUCAAGAUCAGCUACUGUCCAGCAGAAAAAGUCUCCAAAAGUCAAGCAUUCACCUUCUCCUCCUGAAUUAUCAGAAACUGUUUCCAAAUCAACUUGUGCUGAAGAAAUAGCAGAGGAACGUGUUCCACCAUUGCUUUCUCUGGAAGUUCAACAUCGGUUCUCUGAAAAACAGAUGACCACAGCAACUGAGAAAGCAGUUUCCCCACAGUUUCUUCACAAGGAGUCUUCAAAGAGUCGUAGAUCUCCUCAAAAGUGGGGGCGUCAUGUGAGAGAGCGCAAUGAGAGCAAUUCAAAUACUUCAGCACAACAGCCUCCAGCUGCUACUUGUAUUAUUCAGCAGACUCCUAACUGGUGUCAAGAAGCUGAAAAAGCUAGAACAAAAAUACAGGAUUCACAUAUGACAGAAGAGACUGUGAAGAGUUCCACAACAAAAGAUGUCAAAGUGAAAUCAUCACUUGUUCUUCUAAAGCCUCCAGUUCGCUCAAAAUCUGUGGGUAAAGCAUAUGUGAGUGAACAGAGCCUGCAUAUAGUGGAGAAGUCAUCAUCAAGGGGGGUUCAAGCUAUGUCGAUUUUAGAGAAGCAAGAACCAGAAUUUCAUGAAAAUAAAGAGAGUACCAUUACAUUGUCAAGCUGUCCUGAAGUGGGAAGGUCAAAUGUUAAGACCAUGUCUAUUUCAGAGAAGGUAAACAAGGACAAAUUGAAUGCAAAUUCAGCAGUGUGCGGUGGUGAUGCUUUUGAAUCUGACAAAGCAGAAGUUGUUUCCUCAGUUUGUGUUUCCAGCUUACCUAAAACAAGAAAACUAAGAGUCCGAUCAUCCUCUUCAAAUCGGAAUCAACCGGAAACUAACAUUUUACAAACCGUUCCUGACAUUCAGGAAAAACAUAAAACACAGGUGCCUAAUGUGGAGCAAACGCCUGUACCUGCGUGGACUAUGUUGGACAAACCAAAGCUGCGGUCAUGUGGGCUAAAACAGACAAAGGAAGCAACUGAUUUUCUUAGGGGACAGGAUAAAAGUGUAACAGAAGAGCUUACUAAGAAAUCAGAUUUAGAUGUUUCCCAUGUGUCUGGUUCUGACAUAUUAGGAGGGGCCACCAGCAGCACUGACCCUUCUCUGGGUGAUGAAGUCUCACCUUCUGGCUCAGUAGAAGUACAACAACCCUUUUUAGGAAAUCUGAGCUCUGAAAAAGAAGAACCUAUGCAUAUAAAUGCAAUUUCAGAAAUCAAACAAAUAGAAGUCAAACCAUCUGCUGAAGAUGAUUUGAAUAUGUUUGAAAAUACUGUACAAUUAGAGGAAUCUGUGAAAUUAGAGCAACCAAAUAAAGUUACCUCUGAAACUGUUGUAGGCGGGAUUCCAUUACAGCAAUUUGCUAAAAUAAGUGAAUUCGAAUCUGAAGCUACAACAGGGACAUGUGAAUCAUCUUUGAUUGUGGCAGAAAGGUGUGAAGAUUCUGCAAUCAUAUCAGAUGCUAAUGAAGGAUCUCUGGCUGUCCAUGAAGCUAUGAUGUGUGACCCAGAUUUACAAGAAACGUCUGACAUUUUGACACAAGUGGAAUCUCAACAAAUAACAUCACAGAAAGACACAAUCACUGAGCCAGUUUUUUUCGAACAAUCAAGCACAACAGAAUAUUCUAAUAAAUCUUUUGAAUUAGAUGCUCAGGCAGAAGAUAUUGCAGGUGUUAAAAUAACUCCUAAAGCCAUGGUCAAAAAUCAAGCUUCACUUGAGGCUCCAGAAGAAGCCACCCCUGUUGAAAUCAAAACAAAACUUGCCCAGGAAUUUUUUACAGUUAUACCAAAAAUGACCGGGGAGUUGCCCACAGAGGAGCGUGCCGAGGCUGAGUUGCCCACAGAGGAGCGUGCCGAGGCUGAGUUGCCCACAGAGGAGCGUGCCGAGGCUGAGUUGCCCACAGAGGAGCGUGCCGAGGCUGAGUUGCCCACAGAGGAGCGUGCCGAGGCUGUGUUGCCCACAGAGGAGCGUGCCGAGGCUGAGUUGCCCAGCGAGGCCGAGGAGCGUGCCGAGGCUGAGUUGCCCAGCGAGGCCGAGGAGCGUGCCGAGGCUGAGUUGCCCAGCGAGGCCGAGGAGCGUGCCGAGGCUGAGUUGCCCAGCGAGGCCGAGGAGCGUGCCGAGGCUGAGUUGCCCAGCGAGGCCGAGGUGCGUGCUGAGUUGCCCAGCGAGGCCGAGGUGCGUGCCGAGGCUGAGUUGCCCAGCGAGGCCGAGGAGCGUGCCGCGGCUGAGUUGCCCAGCGAGGCCGAGGAGCGUGCCGCGGCUGAGUUGCCCAGCGAGGCCGAGGAGCGUGCCGCGGCUGAGUUGCCCAGCGAGGGCCGAGGAGCCGAGGCCGAGGAGCGUGCCGCGGCUGAGUUGCCCAGCGAGGCCGAGGAGCGUGCCGCGGCUGAGUUGCCCAGCGAGGCCGAGGAGCGUGCCGCGGCUGAGUUGCCCAGCGAGGCCGAGGAGCGUGCCGCGGCUGAGUUGCCCAGCGAGGCCGAGGAGCGUGCCGCGGCUGAGUUGCCCAGCGAGGCCGAGGAGCGUGCCGCGGCUGAGUUGCCCAGCGAGGCCGAGGAGCGUGCCGCGGCUGAGUUGCCCAGCGAGGCCGAGGUGCGUGCCGAGGCUGAGUUGCCCAGCGAGGCCGAGGUGCGUGCCGAGGCUGAGUUGCCCAGCGAGGCCGAGGUGCGUGCCGAGGCUGAGUUGCCCAGCGAGGCCGAGGUGCGUGCCGAGGCUGAGUUGCCCAGCGAGGCCGAGGAGCGUGCCGCGGCUGAGUUGCCCAGCGAGGCCGAGGAGCGUGCCGCGGCUGAGUUGCCCAGCGAGGCCGAGGAGCGUGCCGCGGCUGAGUUGCCCAGCGAGGCCGAGGAGCGUGCCGCGGCUGAGUUGCCCAGCGAGGCCGAGGAGCGUGCCGAGGCUGAGUUGCCCAGCGAGGCCGAGGAGCGUGCCGAGGCUGAGUUGCCCAGCGAGGCCGAGGAGCGUGCUGAGUUGCCCAGCGAGGCCGAGGAGCGUGCUGAGUUGCCCAGCGAGGCCGAGGAGCGUGCUGAGUUGCCCAGCGAGGCCGAGGAGCGUGCUGAGUUGCCCAGCGAGGCCGAGGUGCGUGCUGAGUUGCCCAGCGAGGCCGAGGUGCGUGCUGAGUUGCCCAGCGAGGCCGAGGUGCGUGCUGAGUUGCCCAGCGAGGCCGAGGUGCGUGCUGAGUUGCCCAGCGAGGCCGAGGUGCGUGCCGAGGCUGAGUUGCCCAGCGAGGCCGAGGUGCGUGCCGCGGCUGAGUUGCCCAGCGAGGCCGAGGUGCGUGCCGCGGCUGAGUUGCCCAGCGAGGCCGAGGUGCGUGCCGAGACGGUGUUGCCCAGCGAGGCCGAGGAGCGUGCCGCGGCUGAGUUGCCCAGCGAGGCCGAGGAGCGUGCCGCGGCUGAGUUGCCCAGCGAGGCCGAGGAGCGUGCCGCGGCUGAGUUGCCCAGCGAGGCCGAGGAGCGUGCCGCGGCUGAGUUGCCCAGCGAGGCCGAGGAGCAUACAGAGUUGCCGGUCGAGGCGCCCACCGAGGCUGAGUUGCCGGUCGAGGCGCCCACCGAGGCUGAGUUGCCGGCCGAGCAUACCGUGGCACCCACCGAGGCUGAGUUGCCGGCCGAGCAUACCGUGGCACCCACCGAGGCUGAGUUGCCGGCUGAGGAGCAUACCGAGGCUGAGUUGCCGGCCAAGGCACCCACCAAGGCUGAGUUGCCGGCCAAGCAUACCGAGGCCCCCACCGAGGCUAAGUUGCCAUCCGAGGCACCCACCGAGGCUGAGUUGCCGGCCGAGGAGCAUACUGAGGCACCCACCGAGGCUGAGUUGCCGUCCAAAACACCCACCGAGGCUGAGUUGCCGUCCAAGCAUACCGAGGCACCCACCGAGGCUGAGUUGCCAGCCGAGCAUACCGUGGCACCCACCGAGGCUGAGUUGCCGGCCAAGCACAUGGAGUUGCCCACCGAGGCUGAGUUGCCAUCCGAGGCACCCACUGAGGCUGAGUUGCCGGCUGAGGAGCAUACCGAGGCUGAGUUGCCGGCCGAGGAGCAUACCGAGGCACCCACCGAGACUGAGUUGCCGGCCGAGGCACCCACCGAGGCUGAGUUGUCGGCCAAGCAUACCGAGGCGCCCACCGAGGCUGAGUUGCCGUCCGAGGCGCCCACCGAGGCUGAGUUGCCGUCCGAGGCGCCCACCGAGGCUGAGUUGCCGUCCGAGGCGCCCACCGAGGCUGAGUUGCCGUCCGAGGCGCCCACCGAGGCUGAGUUGCUGGCCGAGGAGCAUACUGAGGCACCCACCGAGGCUGAGUUGCCGGUCAAAACCCCCACUGAGGCCGAGUUGCCGGCCAAGCAUACCGAGGCGCCCAUCGAGGAUGAGUUGCCGGCUGAGGCGCCCAUCGAGGCUGAGUUGCCGGCCGAAGCGCCCACUGAGGCUGAGUUGCCGGCCGAAGAGCCUACCAAGGCGCCCACCAAGGCUAAUUUGCCGGCCAAGAAGCAUACCAAGGCAGAGUUUCCUGCCAAGGUGCACACCAAGGAUAUUGUAGCAAAAGACCCUGAGCUGGUGGACCACAAAAUCACUGAGCCACAAAGUGAUGAAGAGAUUCUUGCUGUGCAAAAAGAGUCUGAAUUCAUGCCAUCAGAGAUUUCGACAGACGGUCAGAAUGCUGAUGCGAAGAUGACAGAUGUGCAUGGGCCCAGGGAAGUGAAAAUGACCGAGGUAAAUGUUCCAUUUUCUAAAGUGGAGAUAACUGAGGGGACUGUUCUGUCUACCCAUGUGGAGAUGACUAAUAUUCAAAAAAAAAAACUUGUGGAUGAAUCGGAGGAAGUUCCCUUUCAUACUACAUCAAAUCCUUUAUCCACCCAGGAUGCAUCUAAACGGUCUCCUGUGGAGGCUGUUAACUCUUCGUAUCCUGAAAGGGAAAACGCCAAUUAUGCAUGUUCCAGAUCCUCUACAAGCAAAAUUUUGCAUACAGUAGAGCAAAAUCCAACAGAGCUACAUUCAGAUAUAAAAGUUUAUAAUGAACAGAUCUUAUCGCCUAACAAUAGCAGUAGCAAAAUCCACAAGACUAUAGAGCUAACAGAGAAAGUCGAAUUGCAUAUGGAACAUGUGUCGGUUAUUAAGCAAGAUGAAUUCCUUCCAGGCACUAUGUCUCCGGAACAUCAUACUACAGAUAAAUUACAGCCUGUUAAAGAGGAGGAAGACUGUGUAAGAACAGUGGAGUUGCAUGUAGGUGCUGAAGAAAGUGAAAAUGUUGCCUUGGUAGGAUCCCGACGAAGAUCCUCUUCAUCAUCCUCCUCCUCAUCAUCCUCUUCCUCCUCUUCUUCCUCCUCUUCCUCAUCCUCUUCCUCAUCCUCUUCUCAUUCAUCACGCUCCUCAUCAGAUAGAUCCUCCCCCUCCAGACAUAGCUCCCAUUCUAAAUCAACCUCACCAGAAAGGCCAAAUCGUAUGUCACGGUCGUCAAGGUCAUCAUCAUCGUCUUCAUCCUCUUCUAGUGAUAAGGAACUACCGUGUAAUAAAAGUUCUUCACAAAGGGAAAAUCAAGAAACCUUUUCUCCUGGAACAUUACCGUUAAAUUUGGAAGCAACAAAUCCAAUUCAGGAUUCCUCUCCACCUCCAUCACCAAAGGUAGCACUGAUUCCGCAAGAUGCACCAACCUCUGACAGUGCUACAUUAUCCCUUGAGAGGCAUCGGCGGACGCAUGAAAUGUCUGACGACACAGAAGAAGAAAAUCGCAUUAAGAGAAUAAGGUUAGAGCCGCAGUCUGAGGUUCUGGACCAAAGCAGCUCGGUCCAAAGUGAGCACGAGGUGGGAGAGGAGCAGAGCACAACAGAAGAGAAUGUUGCAACCGAGAGAGAGGAGGUAGUGCGCCUUUACCGGACGCCCGUUGGCGCUGUUUGUUGGAGACUAGAGCGGAGUCCAGGCGGUCACAUUAAUCCAUAUCUGCUUUUCUGCCCCCUUUUUUUCCCGUCCCUUGUCUUCCCCUCCCUUAUCUCCCUUUCCAUUCGACCUCCACAGGCUCCUUUCCGCCCACCUCCCCCCCUCCCCUUUUCCUUUCAGCCGGCUGCCAGGGAAAUGUUAUCAGAAAACAAAGACUGUGCAACCGAGAGAGAGGAUACUAUAAUGGAUGCUGUCGAAAAUCAAGCGGAGGUUGAGGUCCAGGAAACUGCAAAGUCUGAAAAUCAGGAGGAGAGUUGCGAGACAGAUGAGAAGAAAGAGAGUACAACACCACCAAGGACUUUUAAGCGAAAGAUCUCUGUUAUUUCAGCUACAAAAGGUUCCAGUCAGCCUGCACCUACCACAGGCAGUGAUAAUGAAGGAACUCAUCCAGCUCGCCGCAGGCGCUGGGGAGCCAGCACAGCUACCACUCAAAAGAAACCCUCAAUUAGUAUCUCUACUGAAUCUUUAAAGAGUCUUAUACCUGAAAUUAAAGAAAUAAAGCAAGAAGCAGUCGUAGACCUUCAUGCUGAAGAUGCUCGUAUUUCUGAAGAUGAAAGUGAACGAAAUGGUGACGACAACUCCCAUGAUAAAGGAUUGAAAAUAUGCAGGACUGUUACACAAGUAGUUCCUGCAGAAGUUCAAGAAAAUGGGCAGGAAGAGGAGGAGGAAGAUAAAAAGUCGGAGGAAGCUACUGAGGUUCCAGUCAAAGAGCCUGUCCCUAUGGAGGCAGAGGCACCACCUUCAAAUGAGCAGGAAGUAAAGAAGGCUUUACCAGAAAGCCCAGCACAAGCAGAAGUCAGAGUUACCUUAGGUGAUACCUUACUAAGGAGGUCAAUCAGCCAGCAGAAAACAAGUGUUUCCAUUACAAUUGACGACCCGGUUCGCACAGCUUCACAGCAGCCGUCACCCCCAAGAAGAAAACCUAGUUGUAUAGUACACAUCUGCAAUCUGGUUCGUCCUUUCACGUUGGGACAACUGAAAGAACUACUUUCACGUACUGGUACUUUAGUAGAGGAGAACUUUUGGAUAGACAAAAUAAAGUCUCAUUGCUAUGUCACAUAUUCUACAGUAGACGAAGCCAUUGCGACAAGGAACUCACUACAUGGAGUGAAGUGGCCACAGUCCAAUCCAAAAUUCUUAUCAGUAGACUUUGCAGAGCAAGAUGAGCUGGACUACCACAGAGGAAUCCUUGUAGCACGUCCCCCAGAACCCAAGCAAGAGGAGCCCCCACACCCACACCCACAUUCUCAUACUCAUACUCAUUCCCACAUGCCUCCAUUACGAGGUGAACACAGGGAGCAUGAUCGGGGAGUCCGAGAACAGUGGGCAGAAAGAGAACGUGAAAUGGAGAGGAGGGAACGUACUCGUUCUGAAAGGGAAUGGGACAGAGAUAAAGUUCGGGAAGGGCCCAGAUCACGCUCCAGAGACAGGCGGCGUAAGGAGCAUGCCAAGUCCAAAGAAAAGAAAAAUGAGAAAAAGGAGAAAGUGCAGGAAGAACCUCCAGCAAAACUCCUGGAUGACUUAUUCCACAAAACCAAAGCAGCCCCAUGUAUAUAUUGGCUACCCCUAACCGAUGACCAGGCUUCGAAAAGGGUUGCAGACAGGGCUGAGAGGGCAAAGGAAAGAGAGAAAAGGCGAAAGGAGUUGGAAGAGCAAGAGGAAGAAGAGAGAAAAGAGCGAGCUAAAGAGAGGGAGAAAGAAGUGGAAAGAAACAGGGAACGAGCACGAGAGGCAGAGAGAGAAAAAAGGAGAGAGCACAGUCGAGAGCACCCUCGUGAGAGGGAACGUAGGGAUCCUAAAAGGCACAGUAGAAGCCGAAGCAGGAGUACACCAGUUAGGGAUAGGGGAGGGCGACGCUGACCUUCCUUCUGCUGGUUACCCUGCUGCUAUGUACAUGUCAAGCCCACAUAUUGUUAGACUCCUAACUCAGCCCUUCACAAGGGAACCGUUUAUCGAAAAAAUAGAACUCCGACAAGGAGCUGGUUUCCUUCUAAAGGAACUCUGCUGGCUUCUCCCAUCCUCUGGACAGCCCUUUCUCUGAGCUGCUCUGAAUUUUAACUCCUCACUGUCUGGAGCUAAACCAGAGAUUGUCUUUGGCAUACCAUUGGACAUUUCUGAACAAUUUGUGCAAUGAGUACCCUUAUGUAUCCUUCUACCUGUCGGAGUGCCAGGAAAAAGGUUACUGUUUUAUCCUUUGCCACAUGUGGCAUCUACCCAAUGAUAUUAUUUUUUUUUUCUUUUGUGUUCCUUUUAAUUUUUUUUAUUAUUAUAAAUGAAGUGAAAUAUCAGAAAAUAAAAUUCUGCAUUAGUUUUAUAUCUUUGUAGUGGUUUAGUCCAUUAUCCUGUGUAAUAUAUUGUAUAAUAAGAGUUAUGAUGCACAGUUGGAACCAGUUUUUUUUUUUUUAAUGGAUCCUUUAUACCCGCUAAAUCCUUUUUUAUAUCAGUGGACCUUGGCAUCAAUAUGGUACAUUUCUAGGACCCCUGCUCUCAUGUGUUUUUUUUUUUUUUUUUUUUUUUUUUUUUCAUUUUUCUUAAGCCAUAAAAUUAGUUUCUAUUGUUAACCUUGACUUUGUCUGUGGAACCCAUUGAGGAUCCUGAUCCAUGAUUUGUGCACCUAAAUUGAAUACCUGUGACACCCAACCACUUGUUGGUUGCAGUAUAAUUCACCGGAUCUGAGCAUUAUCUGCCUGAACAGCUACUGUUUUAUACAUCUUUCAUAAGCAAGAACCAAAGAGGUUGCCUAAUUUUAUUAGUGUUUAUUUUACCUUGUAACUUCUAAAUUGGAGGAUGGAGAUCUAGUAUAAUCUCUCUAAAUAGAGAGAGAGAGUAUAGAUAUAUAUCUCUGACCCUUAGUUUUUUGGUAAUUAGAUUUUCUCCUAGCCCUGACAUUUCAGCUUUUCGGUGAAAUUUGGUGUCCUCAUUAAAAUCUGAUUCACUGGAGACUUUUCACUAACCCCUUUUCCAUUAAUAUUUGUUCAGCCCAUUGUGAACUGUAAUUUGAACAAUAUAUUUUAUUCUGGCUGUAUUCAAUCCAGAGCUUCAUUUUCAAGUUGGGUGCCAUUAGCUAAAAGUGUUAUCUGCAUAUUUUUUCGAGGAAAUUAGCAUUUUUUUUGUUUUUUUAAAGGACAGCUCUGCUAUUGCUGCCUCCUUGUUUCGUUUUAGGCAAGUUUCUUUUUAGGAGCUUCAAGUAUAGACAGAAUGGCUGUGCUAGAACACAAGUCUGUUUUUGAAUAUACUACAGUGGACACAACCACUUCUAGAUCUAGCCUAUUUAAUAAUGUACAUGCAACAGAAGAAUCUGCAAAUAUUAUUUUCUCUGAUCCAUUAUGGGACAUAUAGUUAUAGUCAUAUACUUGCUGCUGACAGGAGGAUUGGACAAGCAAAUCAAAAAUCUGCAAGCCAGUUCAGGAUAAACCCUCCUCUACCCAUCAUUCCUAAUUGUUUGCUAGUGUCCUAGGACAGUGGUUACCGACCUCCGUCCUUAAAGACCCCCAACAGGCUGUGCUUUGUGAAUUUCUCUUGGAUAAAAUUGUGGUCAUGAAUACCUAGUCAUUGCAAGUGAUUUGCAUCUGUUCAAGGUAAAAGAAUAACUAAGAACCUGACCUGUUGAGGGUACUUGAGUACUGAUUUUGGGACUAACUGCCCUAGGAGGAUGGUCAUUAGCUCUGCUGAGAAGGUAAACUAUAAUUUUCAGUCAGGACUCCUCUACACCCUACUUCAACUGGUCUCCAUAUGGCAGCUGUCUGGGUAUUUCCUUAGCUUUGUACUUGAGUGUCAUACUCGGACCCUACUUGGCGUUUUGGGCUAGCCUGGCAGUGACCUUCGGGCACGGAUUUCUCCCUGUGGCUUUUUACAAACCCAAUACUGUUAAGUUUUUAUUGCGGAGUGCUUUUCAGUUUCAGAGCUGGUGGCAUUGUCUCAGUGCUUGCCUGGUUUCUGAAGACUCGCUUUGAGUAGGCAGAUCAGGCCGUGCGAUAGGCUAGCAAUAUUUGUUUCCACCACUGAGCAUAUUUUCCCUGUGGAAAGGGUUUCAUGCUGAGGGACAGACAUCCACUACUACAGUGGUUUUCAACCUGGAGGUCGAAUGAUUUGCCAGGGGUCCCCAAAUCCUGGCCUGUUUCUGAAGCCCACACCG